AUGCGACUCGUAUCUUUGUCGACUACAUCGACGACCCCAAGUCCGCAUCCCCCGACAGAUCACACAUUUGACUUUCGUCUACCACUAUCAUCUCUGGAUAUCCUUCUAGUUCCAACGUCGGAAUUUUUAUCGUUGCGGAUCCUGGCUUCAUUGACUACUGAUGCCGAUAUCGGGCAAGGUGAUAUUCCAGUUUCUUUGCGGGAUUCAUUCACGCGGAGGAGAUGCGAUUUCCCAAUACAGGACGUGGAGCCUGACUUCGUGCGCCUUGCUAUGUUUGACGAACAAUUCAGCAGAGCAUAUGGGUACCACCGGUACGUUGAACGACGUGGCCAUUGUUACAUUUCAACGUUUGAACAAGUCAUUCCACUGUGCUCUGUAGGAUACAUCAACCCAUUAACCAGGAAGUUUGUUGUCUUGUUCAAUGCCAUCGAUCCGGCGGCUUCCACCGGAAUCGGGAAUUCGCAACAUUCCCUUCAUUCCUUGAAGUCGGCGUAACAAAAUUGGCCAUAAACCCAGAGUAUUCCUCCUCCCCAUGGUGGGAAUAUGAACACAAAUUCUCUGACAUAACGCCCACCCUGGGUGCUUGGGCGGAGGGGACGAAUUCAUGUACCUUCAUCUUCAGAAGCUUCUCUGCUGAUGAUGGAACCAGAGUGUAUAGUCUUCCUGUGUGAGACGACGGCUUCUCGGUACUUUAUAUCACACUGGGCGAGCAGUUUCCUGAAAUCUUG